GCGACGCCCUUUGCACAGAGGCAUUCUCCUCAAUUGGGUAAACACACAACGAGGCAACCAAACCCCUCUUUCUCCCUCCCUCUCUCCAAAUUUCUUUAAUUUUAAUUUCCCACCUCUCCCCCCCACCACUCACCAUGAGCGGUGCUGCAAUUUCAGACCCUAAUCAUCACCCUCCCCAAGGCCCCCUCCCCAACAACACCCCCCCACUCUCCACCGACGCCGCCGCCACCAAGAAGCCCAAGGGCAAGGGCGGCCCCGACAACAGCAAGUUCCGCUACCGCGGCGUCCGCCAGCGCAGCUGGGGGAAGUGGGUGGCGGAGAUCCGCGAGCCCAGGAAGCGCACCCGCCGCUGGCUCGGCACCUUCGCCACCGCCGAGGACGCCGCGCGCGCCUACGACCGCGCCGCCGUCAUCCUCUACGGCUCCAGGGCGCAGCUCAACCUCCAGCCCUCGAGCGGCGGCGCCGCCAACAACGGCGGCGGCGGCUCGUCCUCCCAGUCGUCGUCGAGGAGCAGCUCCUCGUCGUCGUCGUCGACGCAGACGCUCCGCCCCCUCCUGCCGCGGCCGUCGGGCUUCGGCCUCACGUAUUCGGCGGCGCCGCCGCAGAUGACGAACUACGUGCAGUACGGGUUGUACCCCGCCGUACAAUACCCCAACAUCGUGCCCCAAACUCAAUUGCCGCCGCAGCAGGCGGCGAUUGCGCCGUCGCUGCCGCAGCAGCAGCAGCCGUACGGAAUGGCUGAUUUGAGGGUUUCCGAAUCCGACCCUAACUCAAUUAGGGCUAAUUCCGACGCGAAUUCUUCGUAUCCAAACCCUAAUCACGAUUGCCAAAAUCUGCAACACAAUCAGAAUCAGAAUACGCAAAGUUUCGGGUACGAUGAGAUCAGCACACUGUGCUCGACCGAGCCCGCGGCGGCGCCGGCGCUGUCGGAUCCGACGGCGGUGCUAAACGGAUACGCGGCGUCGCCGUCGUGGCCGUUGAUGCCGCACGAGGAUGAGUACCCGGGCACCGGCAUUUGGGACUACAGCGAUCCCUUCUUCUUCGAUACUAUCUAAAAUUAGGGUUUCUAAUUGCAUGCAAAUAUAGCAAAGUUUUACAUGGGAUUGAGGUUCUGCAGAUUUUGGCAGGUGAUAUUUGAGGUGAAGAAAGAUGAGAUAUGCAUGGUAAGAGAAGAUAUAUAUAUGAUCGUAUGUUUGUAGUUUAUAUACUAUGAGGUAAGUUGCAUGAGGAUUUGGAGGGAGAUAUUUCUUGAUUUUCCUGCAUAUUGUGUUUUAGAAUUUGGAGGAUCGGAUUCGGAGGAGUAUAUUUCAGAAUUAUGUGUUGAUUUCUUGAUUUAUUGUCCCUUUUUUUUAAAAUUAGGUUUAUGUUUUAUAGUGUUGUAAAUUAAACAGAUGGGUGUAAUAGAGUAACGUUUGUGUUCUGAAAUGUUCAAUAUUUUAUGCUUCUGAUCAUAUGUUUGUACCCUUUUUUAUCUUCAAUCGAAUGGAUUUGAUAUGCAGGAGACAA